UUCAAACGGCCGGAGAGUGGAAGGAGCACUGAGAGGCUCAGAGCAGAACAUCUUACCACGGACUUCAUCCGAUUUUGCAGUUGGAAAUCCCUCGAUCGAACUCCAGAACGAUCUCUACAUACAACACUGUUCCCAACAGCAGCAUGCAGAGGCUUGGACCUGCAGCAAACAUUCCCCUAGGGAAGGACGUGGCGGUGCAAAGUAGAGAUUCGCUCCAGCUCUCGUCUCUGUUCACCACCAUGAUGGAAAGCAACGCCAUACUGAGGGAAGAGAUCGCUCAGAUGGAGGGGAAGGAGCCAAACCCUCCAGGCAGCAGUCUUGAUGACGCAGCAGAUUCUGAUGCAGACCGCAUUCACUGGGGAAAGACUGACUCAAGGCAGCUCCAUUCACAGAGCCUCCCAGCAAGAUUACUGGAGAAUAGUAGCAAACAACCUCCCGUGACCCUUACUACUACUUGGAUCCCUUCGUCACCGUCACAGCUGACCAAGAGAGACAGUGUUCACACUGUUUCUGGCAGUGAAAGUAACGACAGUGGAACGGAAAGCACCACUGAUGCAACCGAAGGACAGGGAACAGAUGAGGAAGUAAAUAAUUCAGACCUUAACACGUCCCCACUACACCAUCGAGUAUUGGCUCCACCACAUAGGCAUGUUAGUGGGCCCUUGCUGACACGGCUACCUCUCUCUAUAACCAGCAUCAGUAGCACGGAACUAAGUGAGUCUGACUCUGAAACAAGUCCCGAGCCUGAGAACGAUCCCUUUGCUUCCCCUGGUGAGUCCACCAUUGAGACAAUGUGGGACAAUUUCUCGGUUGAGGAAUACGCCCCACCACUGAAGCAUAAGUUGGACCCCAAAGCGGGGAUUAGCAAACCAGUUGCCAAGACAGCUUUGAGCCGCAGGGUGACAAUCCCGGAGCCUUUCGUCAUGACGAUCAGAGACGAAGCAAGACCAAAGAGAAGAAAGAGUCGAGCGUUGAUUGCUGCGGAGCGGGAAAAGCUCGAGAGGGAGAUGCAAGAGGAAUUAGAGUGCCUGAAAAAAUUCAGGGCCCUUCCCGUUCCUGCCACCACUUACGUUCCAGUCGACGAGAUGAAGAGACAGGGUCGAGACCAGGAAGGCCAGUUGGGAUGCGAGAAAGUUGUGGAGCCCAUAAAACCGUUCCGUUUUAUGAAACGAGAGGAAGAGAAAUGCCUUCGGAACCAACAGAGACAACGUGACGAGAUGACAGACACCAGAGAGACUCUGCAGUUCAGGGCUAAGCCGGUUCCACAGAGCAUUCUGAGUCCCCGGGUGAGUGAGGAACUGAAGGAGAGAGAAGAGUAUAGAAGGAUACUGAUCAAGGUCAGGUCCCAUGAGAUGCUGGCUCGGGCACAGCUCCCUAAGAACAUGCAGGAGAAACAGAAAAGAGAUUCCCUCAAGAAACAGAGGCUGGAGGAAAUGCAGAACAGGGCUCUCGUAACAGAGGAGCACACCUUCCGUCCGAAGAUUAGGAGACAAGUUCCCGAUCACGACCAGUUGUACUGCCAUUUCCAAGAGCAACUGGCUGCAAGGAAAGAAGUGAAGCCAGCAACAACUCCAAAACCGUUUCUCCUUAGAACAGCCUCUACUCCAUCGCGAUGCCUCCACCCACAGGACGAGGAGCACCAACACUCAAUAAUAUUGAACUCAUUCUUCCAUCACACUACGGCUAAAUCAAGAACAUGUGACCCAAAGUUUGAACCAGGCUCAAGGGCACACAGUAAGCAUUGUACUAGAGAGCCCGCCGUAGCAAUGACUCAAACGGCCAAACUGAGACGGAGUGCUAGUGAGAGGAAGCUGGCCGAGUGUGCAGAGAGGGAAGCAGAGGGGGAGGAGGUGAGGAAAAUGAAGAGAGAGGAGCAGAGGGAGCUGCAGAGCAGGGUCAUCCAUCGAGUGCAGUCUGACGACCGCUCGGCAUGGCUGGAGGAGAGACAGAGGGAGCGCCUACAAGAACUCAGGGAACAAGACCAAGCAAGAAGAACUGCAUACAAGAAGGAACUGCAGGCCAUGAAGCAGCGAGUGGCGGCACGGCCCCUCGUGUUUGAGCAGGUGUCACGAGAUGCAGCCAGGCGGGCAGCUGAAAUCAAGUACAGAGAAGCUCUCAAGAAAGCCGGCUUGUCAGAGGACGAAAUAAAGUUUCUGGAUAAACAAAUUGCCCAGUAAUAUCACUUUUUGCAUUUCUGGUCCCAGUCCAAAAGAAUCCUAGUGCCUAUGCUGGUG